GAACCCUUGACGCGCGAACGGCGACCGGCGACACGGGCCGGCGUUGGCAAACCUCCCCGGACGAACGAAGAUGAGUGCUAAGCACCGUGCCUUGUAGAAGUAAUGCAGAAAUUUUUUUAAGAAUAAGCAACACAGUAAACAUCUCCCAUUGGAGGUGGUCUUACUUUGCUCGUGCUGAGUCCAUUUUAUUUCAUGCCAAUCAGUUCUUCAGGGUCUUAAAAAAAAAUAAAAAUCCUCGGGGAACUGGCAACAAUUGCUUCAACAAUUUUUAAUUUAAUGUUGAAACCGAAAGUAUGUGGAAAUAUUUUUAAGUCUUUGGAGGCAUCUUUCAGUUUAAUUCAACAUAACCAUGCUUCAGUAAGUCGUUCUAUAGCGAUUCAAGUAUAAAGUUUGUACCUUUGGAUGCAUUGGAUUGUUUUGGAUAUGGAGAAGAGUAUAUACACUUUUCUUACUGUGCACCGUUGGGAGUCACUGAACUUUAUGAAAUAUAGGUUGGCUUCCCUUAGGCCUGUCCAUGGAAGGUUGGCUUUGAGAUUUCUCAAUUGGGUCAUAAAGCAACCCAAUUUGGAGCUCAAUAAUGCUACUUAUAUAAUAUGCACUACUACCCACAUACUUGUUAGAGCUAGAAUGUACAGUUUUGCCAAAACAACUUUGAAGCAUUUGUUGCAACUGCCCAUUGGAUUGAACUCUGUUUUUAUUGAACUCUGUUUUUAGUGCCUUGAUGGAGACUUACCGCAUUUGCAACUCAAACCCGGCUGUUUUUGACCUCCUGAUUAGGGUUUGUUUGAGGGACAGGAUGGUUGGAGAUGCUGUGCAGACUUUCUACUUGAUGGGGUUCCGGGGACUGAAGCCGUCUGUAUAUACGUGUAACAUGGUAUUAGGUUCCCUUGUGAAGGAGCAGAAAGUUGAGCUGUUUUGGUCUUUUUUCAAAGGAAUGCUUGCCAAGGGGAUUUGUCCUAAUGUUGCUACAUUCAACAUGAUGUUAAAUGCUUUGUGUGAACAAGGGAAGUUUAAAAAUGCUGGCAUUCUCUUGAGGAAAAUGGAAGAAAGUGGUGUUUAUCCAACGACGGUCACUUACAAUACUUUGCUUAAUUGGUAUUGCAAGAAAGGAAGGUACAAAACAGCGUCUGAGCUGAUUGAAUGCAUGGCAUCUAAGGGAAUUGCGGCAGAUGUUUGUACAUAUAAUGUGUUGAUAGAUAAUUUGUGCAGGGAAAUCAGGAGUGCAAAAGGUUAUUUAUUGUUGAAAAGGAUGAGAAGGAAUAUGGUGUAUCCUAAUGAGGUAACUUAUAAUACUCUUAUUAAUGGGUUUGUUAAGGAGGGGAAGAUUGAAGUUGCUGCAAAAGUUUUUGAAGAGAUGUCAUUAUUUAAUUUGUUACCCAACAAUAUCACUUACAAUACUUUGAUUGCUGGGCAUUGUUGUACAGGAAACAUUGGGGAGGCAUUGAGACUAAUGGAUGUUAUGGUAUCAUAUGGUUUGAAACCUAAUGAAGUGACAUAUGGGGCUCUUUUAAAUGGGUUAUCCAAGCAUUCUGAGUUUGGACUGGUUUCCAGAAUUCUUGAGAGAAUGAGAAUGGAUGGGGUGAGAGUUGGCCAUAUUAUUUAUACAGGAAUGAUUGAUGGGUUGUGUAAGAAUGGAAUGCUUGAAGAAGCUGUGAAGUUGCUAGAUGAUAUGUUAAAAGUUUCUGUGAAUCCUGAUGUUGUUACAUUUUCAGUGCUCAUAAAUGGAUUUUUCAAGGUGGGGAAGAUAAAUAAUGCGAAGGAGAUUAUGUGUAAGAUGUAUAAGACUGGACUUGUGCCAAAUAGCAUUUUGUAUUCAACUUUAAUCUACAAUUAUUGCAAAAUGGGAUACUUAAAAGAGGCAUUAAAUGCUUAUGCAAUUAUGAAUCGUAGUGGUCAUGUGGCUGGUCACUUUACAUGUAAUGUGUUGGUUGCCACUUUCUGUAGAUGCAGGAGACUUGAAGAGGCCAAGUAUGUUAUGGAUCACAUGAGCCGGAUGGGUCUUGAUCCAAAUUCUGUUACUUUUGAUUGCAUUAUAAAUAGUUAUGGAAAUUUUGGUGAUGCACUCAAAGCAUUUUCUAUGUUUGAUAAAAUGAAAAGUUCAGGCCACUUCCCAAGUCAAUUCACGAAUGGGGGUCUAUUGAAAGGACUUUGCAUCAGUGGACAUAUUAAUGAAGCCCGGAGAUUUUUGUAUAGACUUCGAAGCAUUCCUAAUGUUGUUGACAAUGUUAUCUUUAACACAAUACGCACUUAUACAUGUAGAUUGGGAAAUUUAUGUGAUGCAGUUAUUAAUGAGAUGGUCACAAAUGAUUUUCUGCCUGACAAUUUUACAUACACUAAUCUUAUUGCGGGGCUAUGCAAGAAGGGUAAAAUAGUUGCUGCACUCCUUUUGUCAGCGAAGGCCAUUGAAAAAGGAUUAUUAUCUCCAAAUUUUGCCAUGUACACUAGUUUAGUUGAUGGUCUUCUCAAGAAUGGACAUUCAAGAGCAGCUUUUUAUAUUUUUGAAGAAAUGCUGAACAAAGGUGUGGACCCUGUUACUGUAGCAUUCAAUGUGUUUAUAGAUCAAUACUCUAGGAAAGGGAAAAUUUUGAAGGUCAAUGACAUUCUUUCAACAAUGAAGAGUAGAAAUUUAAGCUUUAAUUUGGCUACUUACAACAUCCUGUUACAUGGAUAUGCAAAGAGGCAUGCCAUGGCAAGAUGUUUUAUGCUGUUCAAAGACAUGAUCAGGCAUGGUUUUGUGCCAGAUAAGAUUUCAUGGCACGCUCUUAUUCUUGGGUAUUGCGAGUCCAAGUCAUUUGAUGUUGCUGUCAAAUUUUAAGAUGGAUAACAUUGGAAGGUUUUGAUGGAGUCUCUCCUUCUAUGGUUGAUGAU